UUCAGUACCGUGCGGCCCCUUUCUGGGGUGAAACGUGACGCAGAGAUGAAACUCAUAAAAUAAAAUAACGUUAUUUAAUUGUUACGUACAGUGCACCAGUACUAGUUUUCUAAAUGUAAGAAAUUAACAUCUUGUGCUCCAUGCAUUGCAAAAAUCCACUUGUAUUCGCAAUGCUUUUCUUUAUUCUUGGUGCAAUUUUUCUUGGAAUCAUGUCAAUUGACUCCUUCGUUUACAGUUCUCUUGGGUCUAUUCCUGCGUGAACAAACGAAGAAAAUGUGUGCAGCUCAAACGCCUUGUUCCGACGGUCAGCACUGCCCACCACACUGGUUGUGCUGCAAGGAAGGAUGCUGUGCACCAGCCACUGUGAUACCCAGGCAUACACCAAGUAUAUAUGACGACGAUUGGUAUUUGCAAUGGCAAAUACUAUCUCUUUUAGCAACAGUAGUUGGCUUAAUGGCCAUCUUUCUAUGGUACGUGGUGUCGAAACGGAACGGCGGAAUCUACAUGUGCUCUUUGUCUUGCUGCUUCCACCGUAAUGCUUCAGAGAGAGAUUCCGCGGGCUCAGUAUAUCCGCCACCAAGAUAUAGUCGGUGUGGCUCUUUCCAUCAAGCGCCGCCGCCGUAUUCCGAAGUAACAUCAAAGCCAGAUCUAUAUCCCCUCGUAAUAACAUGUAAUGAAGGGGAGGGGAAAUCUGGUGGUAACUACCUCAUGGUUCACUACUUCAGGAACUACGUUAUUCGAGCGCCCGGCUCUCUGUCCGCGACUAGCACAGCCGAGUCACUCAACUCAAGUUAUAUGUGCAACGCUGUUAACGAGGCUAACACAAUGGUCCCUCCGCCGUACUCGUGUGCGAGCAGUUACAACGAGUGUAGUAUGGGCUGCGGUCGGACAGUGUUGCGGUCAUUGACCUCGCUUGCUGAACCAAGGCGGAGGGACUCCAAUAACGCUACCUUUAGGGAUAACCUUAUCAACUCUCCAGUUCAGCCAAUGGAUCCAUCGUACGAUCUAGACUUAGAACUCAUUGACUGCGAAAUGUACUGCGACGGAGGCUGCAAGCCGCGUCUCGGUGCAUCUCCGCCCUUGCGCCAUGCGCACUCCAACUCCGAAGACACCAUCUUCGACCACGAGGCGUACGGCAUUCGACAUCUGUUCCCUUCACCCGAAGCUGGAACCUGUGAAUCUCCCCCUCAGCCUACAAGUCCUACGCAAACCUCAAGAGACUCCACUUUACGACGACUAAGCGAGGAUCGACGCCUCAGACGACUGGACAUAGGAAAGAAAUCGUCUAGAACGAGAAAAUCGAGCUUAUACAUGCCCCUAUCGGCCGGCUACAGCGGUAGGACUUCGAGAAUUUCGCCGGGGACCAGAAUCUCUUCGCGAUCGGCUCCGGCCACGCCCUGCGGGGCUCUAGUACCCAAUUUGUUGAACCUCACCCAGAGGGUGUCUGCUUCAAGACUGAGCUCGCGGUCUUCGAGACUGGAGGAAGAAAACGAUCCGUUAUUGGCUACAGAUACGGAAAAUCAGAUCUCUGAACACAAGUUUUAAAACAACAAAAACAAAAGAUUUAUAAGUUUAGCUGUCUGUUCAUUUAGUAUUACGAUACCGAUAUCUAGAGCACAUUUUGAUAAUAAUAAUAUUAAAUGGACUGAGCAUAAUAUUGCAACAAACUUUGCGAGAACUCACUGAUAGGAAAUUCCUUGUAAAUGGAAUUUCCAGGAGCUACUAUGACAGAACCAUACACUAGUUACAUGUCGGGUCUAUUUUAAAUCAUUAUGUCCCAAAAUAACCUGAAUCUUUUUAAACUGUUUUAACUAAAUAGUUGUUCAAUUCGUUCAAUUUUGUUAAAUUCUAAUUAAUAAAAGUAUCAGACGUGUGUAAAUUUGCGAAAUUAAAGAUGGCCUCAUGUCAAAAGUGUUAAACAUGGCGCGAAUCAAUCCCAUGCGUCAAUUAUAAAAUAAAAUAAAUCACUAGCGCUACAACCUCUUUACGUCUUGGCCUCAGAUUUCUGAAUCUGUUUCAUGAUCAUUUUUAAAUCUAAUAGGCAAGUAGGUGAUCAGCGAUGAUCCAGUGCCUGACACACGUCAUCGACUGUUUGGGUUUAAGAUAUGGCGGUUUCCUCACGAUGUUUUCCUUCACCGUUCGAACAAAUGUCAAAUUGAAAUAAUGUCAAUUAUAAGAAUAUUCCAAAAGUGUUCAAAACACUACAUUUUAUUUACUUUUUUCGUAUUUCUAUCCGCUCUUUAACUAAAUCUUAGCAAAACAGAUAAAUGAACGGACAGCUAACGAAUAGAUGGAUUAUAUCAACAGAGUAAUUGAGAAUUAUUUAAUCCAUAUAUGAACUAUUUGAGAUUGCCUUCAACCGAUAAGACGAGAUCAAUUUGAUGUUGUGAUUGUAUUUGUAGAAUAUGCUCGUACGUUUACACUUCCAUGUAUGCUGAUUGGUACUUAACAGGAAAUUUGUCGUGUAUUAAAAUUUCACUUCGGAUUUUAUUUGAAUUUAUUUAAAUAAAACGGCGCUAUGAUUUGCUUAUAUUUUUUAUAUUUGGUUUAUUUUUCGACUCUAUAUGUAAUAUAAACAGACCAACAUAUUAAUUUAAUAAUUGAAAAUACAAAUUUAUUGUUUUCGUUUUCAUACAAAACACUAUUUUGUAGUAGAUUUCACCCAGCCUAACUUCUAAUAACGUGUCUGUAUGCAAUUUAGAUAUAGUUCAACAAUAUCGGCUGACAAUCUUGACAGGCGUUACUAGAAGCAGGAUAGCAAUUGCUAUUUUAUGUAACUGAAUGCUGUCUGACUCUGUGCAUCUUGAAGCAUAAUUUUGGACGUGGAGCUUGUAACGACAGGCCGUCUACGGCCAGGUUUUGAAGUGACCAAAGGAUCACGCAACGAUUCUGGGGGUCUAGUCAAGACAGAUUAACAGAAGUGUAUUUAGAAAGUCGAAAACUAAAUUUGUAUGAAAAUGACAGCUAGUGUCGACAGUUGGUACCAACUACAGCUGUCAUUUUCAUACAAAUUUAGUUUUUGGCUUUCUACAUACACUACUGUUAAGCCGUUUUGACUAGACCCCCUUUACUUAGUAUCUAAUGUCACGGAGCAAAAGAUUUGCAAGGCCUACUUUUAAAGCUUACUUCCAAAUUUCAUUCACUACGACGAAUUAGGCAUGGCCUAAUAAACGUAUUAGGAGAACUUAAACAAGUGUAAUGUUUUGUACCGACCAGCUUGAUUAGUGUUUACCAGCGACCUAGGUAGGUAGAUAAAUGUUAAUUAAAUAUUUUAUUUAAGUAUAAUUAAGGAAUCGAGCUUGUUGGACCAUUGUUCACUUGCAAUAAAAUUAUGUAAUAAAAUACUUCAGCCUAAUCGUUCUAUUUAUUC